CCCGGUAAUCCCCACAGUCCCGGCCGCUCAGAGCUCCGCGGGGCCCGGCGAGGCGAGGCGGGAGGAGAUGGAGCCUUCACCGGCGAAGGCGAAGCCGCAGGGCCGGCUGCUGGUGUCCACCCCGCUGGACGCUAAGGACGAGCUGGAGGAGCGAUUGGAGAGGUGUGUUGGGAUCGUCCAGUCGCUGACCAAUGGGCUGUCAGAACGGGAGGCCAACGAUGCCCUCACUGCUAACGUGUGUAAGGGGCAGCAGCAGCAUGAGGAGGUGUGUCUGGGUCUGUUCACCCUGGUGCUGACAGAGCCCAGCCAGGCCCAGCGGUGUUACAGAGACCUGACCCUGGUGAACAGAGACGGCAUGAAUGUGGUUUUGGUGAAGAUCAACCAGAUCCUGAUGGAGAAGUUCCUCAAGCUGCAGGACGUCCCGCGAACACAGUUGGUGUGGCUGGUCAGAGAGCUGGUGAAGAGCGGCGUGAUCGGAGCGGAUGGCGUCGUCAUGACUCUGAUGAAACAGAUCGCAGGUGGAGACGUGUCCAAUAAGAACCUGUGGCUGGCGGAGAGCGUGCUGGACAUCCUGGUGGAGCAGAAGGAGUGGGUGCUGAAGAGCGGCAUGCUGAUCGCCAUGUCGGUGUACACGUACCUGCGGCUCAUCGUGGACCACGGCACGCCCAACCUGCUCAGCCUCCGGCAGAAGGAGGUGGACUUCUGCAUCAGCAUGCUGAGGGAGAAGUUCAUGGAGUGUUUCAUCAUCGGCAGGGAUCUGGUCCGGCUGCUGCAGAUCGUGGCUCGGAUCCCGGAGAUGGAGCUGCUGUGGAGAGACCUGCUGCACAACCCGCAGGCCCUGAGCCCGCAGUUCACCGGUCUGCUCCAGCUGCUCACAGCUCGGACUUCUAGAAAGUUCCUGGCCUGCCGCCUCACACCAGAUAUGGAGACCAAACUGCUGUUCAUGACCUCCAGGGUGCGUUUCGGGCAGCAGAAGCGGUACCAGGACUGGUUCCAGAGGCAGUACCUGUCCACGGCCGAGAGCCAGUCUCUGCGCUGCGAUCUGAUUCGCUACAUCUGCGGCGUGGUCCACCCGUCCAACGAGGUGCUGAGCUCCGACAUCCUGCCGCGCUGGGCCAUCAUCGGCUGGCUGCUCACCACCUGCACGUCUAACGUGGCAGCGUCCAACGCCAAGCUGGCUCUCUUCUAUGAUUGGCUGUUCUUCAGUCCUGAGAAAGACAGCAUCAUGAAUAUAGAGCCAGCCAUCCUGGUGAUGCAUCACUCCAUGAAGCCUCAUCCUGCCAUCACUGCAACGCUGCUGGACUUCAUGUGCAGGAUCAUCCCUCACUUCUUUCCUCCGCUGGAGUCUCAGGUCCGACAGGGCGUCUUCAACUCCCUCAACUUCAUCAUGGAGAAGAGAGUGUUGGCUCAUCUGGCUCCGUUGUUCGAUAAUCCCAAACUGGACCGAGAGCUUCGCUCCAUGCUCAGAGAGAGAUUCCCUGAGUUCUGCAGCUCGCCCUCCCCACCCACUGAAGUCAAAAUGGAGGAGUCUGUUGCCUUGGAGAUGGACAACCACGUUCUGGACAAGGAGGAGGGUUGCUAUGACAACACAGAAGCUGCCUUCAGUGAUGACGAAGAGGAAGUCAACAAUAAAGGAAAGAAGCGGGAGUUCCGGUUCCACCCGAUUAAAGAGGCGGUCCUGGAGGAGCCCGCUGACAUCACACCGUACCUGGACCAGCUGGACGACACCAUGAAGGAGAAGGUCCUGCAGCUGCAGAAAGCCAGUGACACAGAGACUCAGUGUGAGGUGAUGCAGGAGAUUGUGGAUCUGAUUCUGGAGGAGGACUUUGACUCGGAGCAGAUGUCCACCCUGGCCUCCUGCCUCGCCGAGCUCUUCAAGAGCCACUUCAGAGGGGACGUCCUGCCCGACGAGAUCACAGAGGAGUCCCUGGAGGAGUCGGUGUGUAAGCCGGUGUGUUUGGUGUUCAGGAACCUGUGCACCAUGCAGGAGGACAACAGCGGCUUCUCCGUCCUGCUGGACAUGCUGGCAGAGCUCUACCAGAAACAGCCCAAGAUCGGAUACCACCUGCUCUACUACCUCAAAGCCAGCAAAGCGGCGAUGGGGAAGAUGAGUCUGUACGAGUCGUUCGCUCAGGCCACGGCGCUGGGCGACCUGCACACCUGUCUGAUGAUGGACAUGAAGGCCUGCCAGGAGGACGACGUCCGGCUGCUCUGCUACCUCACCCCCUCCAUCUACUCUGAGUUUCCAGAUGAGACUCUGCGCAGUGGAGAGCUGCUCAACAUGAUCGUGGCCGUCAUCGACUCCACACAGCUGCAGGAGCUCAUGUGUCAUGUGAUGAUGGGAAACCUGGUGAUGUUCAGGAAGGACUCUGUGCUCAACAUCCUGAUUCAGAGUCUGGACUGGGAGACCUUUGAGCAGUACAGCACUUGGCAACUAUUUCUGGCACACAGCAUCCCCCUGGAAACCAUCAUCCCCAUCCUGCAGCACCUCAAAUACAAAGAACAUCCAGAGGCGCUGUCCUGUCUGCUGCUGCAGCUACGCAGAGAGAAGCCGAGCGAGGAGAUGGUGAAGAUGGUGCUGAGUCGGCCCUGCCACCCCGAGGACCAGUUCACCACCAGCAUCCUGAGGCACUGGGCCUCCAAACACGACGACACGCUGGGAGAGCACAUCAAGGCCCAGCUGAUCAAGAACAACAACCAGCCCCGCAAGAGGCAGAGUCUUCGUAGCUCCAGCAGUAAACUGGCCCAGCUGACUCUGGAACAGAUCUUAGAGCACAUGGACAACCUGAGACUGAGCCUGAGCAACACUAAGAACAACUUCUUCAGUCAGACUCCCAUCCUGCAGGCUCUGCAGCACGUCCAGGCCAGCUGUGACGAAGCACACAAGAUGAGGUUCAGCGACCUGUUCUCCCUGGCGGAGGAAUACGAGGACUCGCAGUCGAAGCCUCCCAAGUCUCGGCGUAAGGCUCCGGCGUCGUCGCCUCGCUCCCGGAAAGGAGCGGCGCCGCCCGCCAACAACGAGGAGGAGAGCGCCUCCAGCAGCGCCUCGGAGGAGGAGGACUCCAAGCCCAAGGCUCCAAAGAGGAAGAGGAAAGGCUCGUCGGCCGUCGGCUCCGACAGCGACUGACCCGCCGACCCGCCGACCAAUCACACGCCAGCUGCCAUAACAGAGACCAGCCCGCCGCACGGGGCCGUCAGCCAAUCCGCCGCCGCCCGCCCCCGCCAGGUCCCUGCCGCCCCCCUCCCCACAGAAAGAGACGCCACUGACACGAGGGGGCGAGGGGGGGCGGGGCCUGUGAGACGCCACACUCCAACUUCCUGCUUUUUUUUU